AUGGCGGGCACAGCGGCACGCGGGCACUUCCUGCACCCGUUGCUCUUCCAGCUCUGCUGCGGUUGUCACGGGCUCCGUGUGUCCACGAGCACGCGUAUCCUCUACACGCUCCUGCACGUCCUGGCCUCUGCCGUGUGCUGCCUCAUGAUGUCCCGCACUGUGGCCCAGGCUAUCACAGAGAAGGUGCCCUUCUCAGUGGUGCUGUGCCAACACCUGCCUGGGGGCACAGACUGUGAGCAGCUGGUGGGCUCCUCGGCCGUGUACCGGGUCUGUUUUGGCACUGCCUGCUUCCACCUGGCACAGGCUGCCCUGCUGCUCAACGUGCGCUCCAGCUCUGACCGCCGUGCACAGCUCCACAAUGGGUUCUGGCUCCCGAAGCUGCUGGUGCUGAUGGGCCUCUGGGCCGCCAGUUUCUUCAUCCCUGAGGACAACUUCAUCCGAGUCUGGCACUACACAGGUGUCUGUGGGGGCUUUGCCUUCAUCCUCAUCCAGCUGGUGCUGAUCACAGCCUUUGCACACACCUGGAACAAGAACUGGCUGACAGGUGCUGCACAGGACAAGCGCUGGUAUCUGGCCGUGCUGCUGGCCACGGCCACCUUCUACAUCCUUGCCUCUGGCGCCUUCUCCUUCCUCUACAAGUUCUACACCCACCCAGCUGCCUGCCACCUCAACAAAGCGCUGCUUGCCAUCAAUGGCAGCCUCUGUGGCAUCAUGUCCUUCAUCUCCAUCACACCAUGUGUGCGGCUCAAGCAGCCGCGGUCAGGGCUGCUGCAGUCCUCGAUCAUCAGCUGCUAUGUGAUGUACCUCACCUUCUCUGCACUGUCCAGCCGCCCCCCAGAGAGAGUGCUGUACAAGGGGCAGAACCUCACUGUGUGCUUCCCGGGGGUGCAGCAGGAUGAGCUGCAGACAGAGGACACCACGGUCGCCGUGCUGGGCGCUGCUAUCAUGUACGCCUGCGUGCUCUUCGCAUGCAAUGAAGCCUCAUACCUUGCUGAGGUCUUUGGGCCCUUCUGGAUGGUCAAAGUCUACAGCUUUGAGUUUAAAAAACCUUCCUGUUGCUUCUGUUGCCCUGAGAAGAUGGAGGAGGAGCUGAGAGGCACCGACCAGGCAUGUGAGCAAGUAGAGGAGAGUGCCAGAGGACAGUUCAUCAUCCAGGAUGAGCAGGACCGGGUGGUCUACAGCUACUCAGCUUUCCACUUUGUCUUCUUCCUUGCUUCGCUCUAUGUUAUGAUGACACUCACCAACUGGUUCAGCUAUGAGAAUGCGGUGCUGGAGACCACCUUCACACACGGCAGCUGGUCAACCUUCUGGGUGAAGGUGUCCUCGUGCUGGGCUUGUGUCCUGCUCUACCUGUGGCUGCUGCUGAGCCCCUUCUGCCUCCAUGGCUCCCCACAGCACCGGCACAGUACUGGACCACGAAUCGUGCGGCGCCGUCGUGCUCCACAGCGCAUCAACGUCUCAACAUAG